UGCAAGUUUUCGCAGUUGGCCAAAAACGUCCAGUUCCAGCGCUGAGCCAGAAAAUUCCUGCGAAAGGCUGUCGUGGCAAGUGUUACCCGCACACAUACACAUCAUCCAGAUCCAGCCAAUCCCCCCGUGGAGUGGAGUGAAUUUUCAUUGACGACGGGGCGAAAAAGCUCUGGCGGAAGAGCGACAGAGAGAGAGAGAAACAGAGAGAGAGAGAGAGAAGCGGCACUGAGAGCGCAACCCUCUAGAACAAAAACAACGAAACAGAGUUCAGCUGCACCACCACCCACUACCUACACCACCAACGCCACCACCGCCCACUGACCAUCCCACAUCCCGACCUGCGCCAGUGGAAGACAGUGAAAGAGGCCAAGUGCAUCGUGCAUAGAGUACCUUCAUCCUAAUCAUCGACAGCCGAAUUCGCUGAGGCCACCAGAGCACCACCAGCCAAACCACAGAAGCAACCACACAGCCACCAGAGCCAUAGCCCAGAAGCCGAGUUAAAGGUCAAAGUUUUUGGGGGUCUGAGAUGGGAAAGAAAGACAAGAACAAGGAACAGGCGGACGCUGCACCAGCUGGCGAUGCACCACCCAAUGCCGGAGCCCCGGCCGGAGAGGGCGGCGAUGGCGAGAUUGUGGGCGGACCACACAAUCCGCAGCAGAUCGCGGCACAGAAGCGUCUGCAGCAGACGCAGGCGCAGGUCGAUGAGGUCGUGGACAUCAUGCGCACGAACGUGGAGAAGGUGCUGGAGCGCGACAGCAAGCUGUCGGAGCUGGACGACCGUGCCGAUGCCUUGCAGCAGGGUGCCUCGCAGUUUGAGCAGCAGGCGGGCAAGCUCAAGAGGAAAUUCUGGCUUCAGAACUUAAAGAUGAUGAUCAUCAUGGGCGUGAUUGGCCUGGUUGUCGUGGGCAUUAUUGCAAAGAAAGACGAAGAAUAAUCACACAGAAAGCUUCAGCUUUGUACAAUUUUAUUAACCAUAAGCAAAUCAAUUUACCCAAUAUAACACUUUGUGUGUGAGAACCGUACAUGUCGGAUGAUAAUGCUGCUCCGCAGCCUCCUGCCUUGCAGCAGCAGGUGGCUCCGGCAUCGGCAACUGCACCUGAUUCAGCACCACCACCACCACCACAACUACUACAACAACAAGAACAACAACUACAACCACACCACCAUACACAAAAUCUAAAAUCUGAACCACCGACACUCGAGAAACCAUUGGCCGAGAAAUUGACCGACCACCCACAGAGUCCGUCGAAUGAAGUGGCGACUGGACAAUAGAACGCUCACGAUCUCUCUUGAAAACCAACAUUCAACCAACCAACCAACCAACCAACCAACCAAACUAAUCAGCCAUCGAUUAACCACCAAGACGCAUCCGUAGAACCAUAGUCAAAAUUAAUCAAAAUCGAAAAGAAAACAUUUCACACUUUCUUUGUACCAUUGACAAAAUCGAUCUAAUCCGAUACACUAUAAACUUGGACUCAUAGGCGGGGAGCAGCCGCCACAGUACCAGUAUCCCCCACAGUACAUGCAGCCACCGCCGCCGCCACCGCAGCAGCCAGCCGGAGGACAGUCAUCGCUGGUGGAUGCGGCAGGAGCAGGAGACGGAGCAGGAGCAGGAGGAUCGGCAGGAGCUGGCGAUCACGGCGGCGUGUAAGCAAUCCCGCUGCCAGGACGAAAGUUUCUCGAUUAGUGUGCUCCUUCAGCGGGCGAAAACAAAGCAGAGAAGACAAAAGAAAACCAAGAAAGGAAAACUCAGUUAAACUAGAAAAUCUCGAGAAUUGCAAUGAAAACUCAAUAAUAAUUUUCACUUAGACGAUGUGCACGAGUUGGUGUGAGAGGUUUUAAGUAACUUACGUCAUAAUAUUAAUACUAAAUCUAAUGCAGACGCUCCGGACAAUUUGAAGUUGUUGCUAAUUUGUUUAUGGUUACAUUAUUUCAUGCAUAAAACGGUAUAUAUAAUUAUAAAUAUAAAUACAAAUCUAAAUACAAAUACAAAUAUAUGGAACUUGAAUAUUACGAGUGACUCCAACCACUACCCUGUACUACCACCCUAUACGGAACUAGCAUCUCUACGCUGCACUGGCAACAAGGAGCGCCAGUGGAAGCAGGAGGACAGGCGGUCGCUUCCCGAUGUUCGCAGCUCUUUGAACUCAGUUUCCUUAGCAAAUCGACUAGACAAAACUAACAGAAUCAUAACUAUUUCGGAACAGACGCGAAACCAAAGAAAUGAAAUCUAAGCUUUGUUCCUAAGUAAAGUUACGCAAAUAUGAUAUUCGAAAUGUAUAAUCCAAAAAGAUGAAUUUGAAUCGACGGGCCGCCAGAGAAAAGGCAGUUAAAUGUUUUCAAGCAAGUUUACUUAUACAAAAACAGCAAGCGUAGUCGGCUGGAAAAAAAAACAACAAACAAAAAAGAAAUGAAGCCAGCAGCAAAAGCUAAUAAUCCCAAAGUCUAGUGAAAAUAUACAAGCGAUUCAUUUGCUGCGUUUUGUUUACGUGCGCGCUAUCAUUACUGUUGUGUUUGAGAAUAGCUCGAAAGGUUCGAUUGAAAGCGGAAUCCAGACAGUUCAACGAUUAAAUUAAGCGCUAGACACAAAAUACGUUGGUUAUCCACAGGACUUAGUUAGCUCGACGAGGCAUACAUAUAUGUUUGUAUAUUUCAAUGUUACGAGUAAUAGACGAGGCGGUAAUUAGAGCAUAUAUAUGUACGUGUAUGUAACGAUAUGAUAUCUAGAUCUCACACACUCCACCCGAACACAUUGCCCCCAUCACAACCGAUAGCCAAUCAGGAUCAGAAUCAGAAUCUGAUUCAGGAUCAGAUUCAGAUUCAGAUUCAGAUUCAGAGAGCCACAGCUCUCAGCACAUAUUGUACCCAACUUGUUCUGAAGAUACAGCAUACAGUACGUUUAAUGUAUUAACUAAUUGAUUCUACAAGCGCCUGCCCAAAGUGCUUUGCCUACCAACACAUUGGGGCACGAACAAAAUCGAAAUUAAUUAGAGAAAAAACCAAAGAUUAAUGGCGAAAACGAAAUCGAAAUCCAAUUCCAAAUCCGAAUGCAGGUAUUUUUAGCAAUAUUCGUAGCGUGUACAAUAUGUCGCCCUUAAAGCUUAUUAGAAUCAAUCUCGUUCAAUGUCCAUCUCAACUCACCCAGGCACUUCACAUGCAUAUAACCAUUAACAGAUAUAAAUCAAUAUAUGUAUGUAAUAACCAAUGACAAAUGUUUAGAAGAGUUUCGAUUUUUGUUUGGAUUUUAAGCAGACCCGAAAAGAAAACAAUUGUAUACACAGAAACAACACCCAUGAAGCCCCUGAGUACGGAGAGCCCACUGGAGCUCCUGGCAUCGCAUUGCGAUUUCCCGGAGUCCUUUUGGGCGGCGGAGUAAUUCCGAAGUAAUUCCCGUCUACCAAGACGGACACACAAAACAAAGAAAAACUCUAUAAGAAUCCCCGAAAGCAACAGACGGCUAAUGAGAGUAUAUAUAUAUAUGAACCGUAUAUAAACAAUAAUAUUACUAAUUAAUUUAAUGAUUAAUUGCACCCCGAAAAUACAUAAUUAUUUAAAUAAAUAAAUAAAAAC